CACAGAAAUAGGGGAAGGAAACCAGCCAAACUGGACGGACUGGUUGAGUUGCUUUACUCGUUGUACAAGGAAACAUCAGCAGUUUUUAAUAGUUUCACAAGAUCGCUGUGUGCUUGUGAACUCUGUCCAUGCCAUAAUUCUUAUCAUCCACUUAUCACCUCGUAUGCUGUUCCUCUGCUCUUGUACCGGCUCAGCUCUGUGUUUUUUUUUUUUUUUUGUACUUCAACUUGUUGAAUAGCAGCACCCUGCCCUCUGAGAGGAGUGCUCACUGUUCAAGGUUCAGGAAGAUAACGAGAGGUGAGUGGCUGACGCAGAGCUCGUGUUGUGUUACCAAAGACUGGUAUCAGAUUACCGUAGACUGCAGGUUGAGUGAAACUGUAGCUGUGUUGAGAUCACUGUCGCUCAACCAAACCAGGAACUAGGACUUCCAGAGGAGUUUAAAAGAAGCUAAAGACGCUAACAGGGGGCUUCCUGUUGUUUUUGAAGAGCGUUACCAUGGGUAAGAAGACACAACACUGCCUGCUGCUGUCGCUCUGUUUGUCAUGGCUUGUUCCCUGUUCAGCUACCGUGGUGUUUUGGACAGCUGUGGUGGAUAUAAGCUACGUCAACAGCAACAAUCAGACUGAGGACAAAUAUUGUGAAUGUGGGGUGUUUGGUCGCAGUUCUCCCCUGGAGAGAGCAUCAGGGAUUGUAACCCUUCCCAAGGGAGACCCCAGAGGCUGCGGCCCAGAUCCUGUGUACAACCGCAAUGCCAGCUCACCACCGUGGAUCGCCCUGAUUAAAAGGGGCAACUGCACCUUCAGCGAGAAGAUCAACGCCGCCAAACGACAAGGGGCAGCUGGUGUGCUGGUGUAUAAUUUGGAUGGCAGUGGGAACAGCACCACUCACAUGGCACACUCAGAUGCAGCUGGUAUUGUGGCAGUCAUGGUUGGGAACUUUCAGGGCACUGAGAUUGUAAAGUUGGUGAAAAAUGGGACUGAAGUCCAGAUGGUUAUUGAUGUCGGGAGCCCUCACGGACCCUGGAUGGAGAGCUACUGGCUGUACUUCCUGUCCAUCGCUUUCUUUGUUGUGACAGCAGCAGCGAUCACCUACUUUGUUUUCAUCUCUGCAAACCGUCUGUACAGUCUGAACAGGCACCGGCGCAGCGAGAGGAAGCUGAAGAAUGAAGCAAAGAAAGCAAUCGGGCGCCUACAAGUUCGCACUCUCAAGAAAGACGACGAGGAGACGAAGAACGACUCCCACAUGUGCGCCGUAUGCAUCGAAUCCUACAAGGCGGGUGAGGUGGUGACGGUGCUGACAUGUGACCACAUCUUCCAUAAAGGCUGCAUCGAGCCCUGGCUGCUGGAGAGGCGCACCUGCCCCAUGUGUAAGUGCGACAUCCUGAAGGCCUUGGGGGUCGAAGAGGAGGCAAAGGACAACAUGUCUGUCAGUUCGCCACCAGAUGUCACUGUGGUCACGGUGACAGGAGGGGAGUCCUUGUAUGAAGUCCCACUGAAUGACCCAGCAGGCUAUGACCCAGACAUGCAUCAGCAUCUCUAUGACAACAGGGCCUUUGAGGGAGACUCAGAGGCGGCGAGAGGAUGAGUAACAGCAACAGCAACGGGAACAAAACAGCAACAAACCAGGAAGCAGUCAAAUUCCCUGUUUGAUAAUGUGAGACAAUUGUCUGGGAUACCAGCACAAUGGAAUCAAACUUUCAUGAGAGACAUUGUUCAUCAUGCCUUAAAAGAAAAUCAAAGGUUGAAAAUGUAAUGGACUUUUGUUUAAUUUUCUCUGUGUCUGUUUUGUGUGACAAUACUGGGUGUGUUCAUGCAGGUGCCUCGAACACUGAGAAGUAGUGGAGUGUCACAUUGCAGUUUUGCAUAGUGACUUCACCAGCUCGACACUCUUAAUGGAGGAAGUGCAGCAGAUCAUUUGACCAUUUCUUUAAAAUGGGGCCAAACUUUACUAAACAAAAACAGCUCUUCUUUGUCUUUUAAAUCCACAGCUCAGCUAAAGCCUCUUUAUCCAAUUAACCUAAACAAACAUGCUCUUCCUGCUUCCUUUUAAAACUGGAGCGUGCCUUUUUUUCCAUUUCAAUUGUCAUGCUGACUGGGUAGACAUGGAAACACACCCUUCUGAACACACCCAUGACUAGAAAUGCAGGAUGACACACAUAGCACUAAAAAGAGUGAAUAACAUCACCCGAGGGGGUUGCUCUCUGCUGAAACAUGCACUGUAGAAACAUGUUUUCCAGGUAUGAAGUACAGGCCUUUUUUCUAGUCAUUAGCUGGUUUGUCAUCUUUCAAUUUGGAAACAGGCACACCCACUGGGAUAUGACGGGGCAAUAAAUGUCAUAGGAUCAGUACACAACGUGCAUCCAGAGAUUGUAAUCGUGACUUUUGGAUUGGGGAAAAUAAUCUUUAUGAUGUUUUUCUUUUGGACAUUAAUGAAUACUGAGAUCAGUUUGUAAAUCAUAAAGUUAAGUACUUCUCUGUCAGCUGAUUUUGUAAGCACAAAGGGUUGGUCUUCCAGGUUUUGUCUCAGUCUUUGUGGUCUACCUCUGCACUCUCAAUCCCCCUUGUGAUCCUUAGAUGAAGCUUAAGAGUUUAUCCAUGCUGUUAAGGCUGAUUGUGGUACUUGAGUUAUUUUUCUAUAUUGGAUCAUUAUUUUUCGCUACUGUUUAACAGAUUCCAGGAGUCUUAAAUUGUUCUAUGUAAAUGAGUCUAACUUGCUGUAUUAAAUCACAUUGAUGCUUAUUAGAAUGCAAUAAAUCCCUCAAAAUGAGGACAACUUUA